UCGGCCAUCUUCGCGGCGGGCGGGCGGCGGAAGCUGCGUCAGGGGCGGCGGCGGGGCGGGGCGGGGCGGGCCCGGCCCCGGUGGCGCCGCCGCCGCCGCCAUGGCGCUGUCUCCUUACGUGCAGGCCAUGCAGGAGCUGUUCCGCGCCAACACGCGGAGCCGCGAGUUCCCGGCGCACGGUGCCAAGGUGCACUCCGUGGCCUGGAGCUGCUGCGGCCGCCGCCUCGCCUCCGGCUCCUUCGACAAAACCGCCAGCGUCUUCCUACUCGAGAAGGACCGGCUGGUGAAGGAGAACAACUACCGCGGCCACGGGGACAGUGUGGAUCAGCUCUGCUGGCACCCCAGCAACCCUGACCUCUUCGUCACGGCGUCUGGGGACAAAACCAUCCGCAUCUGGGAUGUCCGCACCACCAAGUGCAUCGCCACUGUCAAUACCAAGGGGGAGAACAUCAACAUCUGUUGGAGCCCUGACGGACAGACCAUUGCAGUGGGCAACAAGGAUGAUGUCGUCACUUUCAUUGAUGCCAAAACGCAUCGCUCCAAAGCUGAGGAACAGUUCAAGUUUGAGGUGAAUGAGAUCUCCUGGAACAACGAUAACAACAUGUUCUUCCUCACUAAUGGGAAUGGCUGCAUCAACAUCCUCAGCUACCCAGAGCUGAAACCCAUUCAGUCUAUCAAUGCCCAUCCUUCAAACUGCAUUUGCAUCAAGUUCGAUCCCAUGGGGAAGUACUUUGCCACAGGCAGUGCUGACGCGUUAGUCAGCCUCUGGGAUGUGGAUGAACUGGUGUGUGUGAGGUGCUUCUCAAGGCUUGACUGGCCUGUGCGAACACUGAGCUUUAGCCAUGAUGGGAAGAUGCUGGCGUCGGCAUCAGAAGAUCACUUCAUUGACAUUGCAGAGGUGGAGACAGGAGAGAAGCUCUGGGAGGUGCAGUGCGAGUCCCCCACCUUCACAGUGGCCUGGCACCCGAAGAGGCCGCUGCUGGCCUUCGCCUGUGACGACAAAGAUGGCAAAUACGACAGCAGCCGGGAGGCAGGCACUGUCAAGCUCUUCGGGCUCCCCAAUGACUCCUAAUGAAACCGCACCGGGGGAGGCAGCACUUUCCUGCUCUUGGGGGUGGGAGAGUGCUUAGUUAGCAUAGGUCAGGGUGAAGAGAUGACUCCGUUCCUUGCCUGCUUGGCAGUACAGUGACCUUCGGCUCA